AUGAUUGCAAAUGUUUUUCAACGAAUGCUAAAAUCUCCACAGCUUACCUGUUGCUGUUUUGUUAAUAAUAUUCGCUACGUUGUUUUGAUAUUAUUAAUUGCUUGUUUAAGUAUUUUAUUCGCCAAUAUUAUCCUCUACAGUAUUGCUGUAAUAUAUGAUGAUUAUCAGAAUACUCAAUUAUGGAGGCAAGUGCAUUUGACAGAGCUAACUUCUACAGGAAAAAAGCGAUUUUUGCGAAGCGUUGUUAACAAUGACAGUUUGGAAAACUCAGAUAUAAAGAGCAGACAUUUAAUGGAAAUAUUGGAAAGAGUAAAUUUCAAUUUCAGUGAAACUGUUGAGUCGUAUGGAACAAGCAAUGUAACAAUACUCGCUCAUGGGAAUUUAUUUUCAGAUACAAAUGUAAAUGAUGAAAAAACAACGUCAUUAAGGCCAAUUGGUGCGGAUCUUUCAAUCUUUCGUAAGCAAGAAGGUAGUGAACAGCUGACUUAUAAAAAUGGCUUACAACUUGAUAAGGACAGACAGUGGGAUGACAAUUUGAAAGAUGGUAACGGAAAAUCGAGACAGCAAAUUGAAAUAGAAAGUAUUGCACAUCGAACACCGGAGAAGAGAAUGCAACACUUUUUGAUUUGGACUGCUCCAGGUAUUGGAAUGUUUUGUGGAUCUUUUUCUAUUUCUUGGUUUCUUCGGUCAUUUGGUGGUCGUCGGUUUUUUGCAUUUAUGAUGAUGGUAUCAGCUGCAGCAACUGCCUUACUUGUCGUGACACCUCAAAUUAAAUACGGCCAAUAUUUAACAGCUUGCAUGCGAUUUAUCCAGGGUUUAGUUUUUGCCAGCGUUUAUCCGAUGAUCGGUUUAGUGAUAGCAAAUUGGGGAACUCUCAAACAGCAAUUUCUGUUUUUGGUUUGUUGCACAUCUUUCAUUCAGCUAGCACCUUUAAUUAGUUGGCCAAUUUCAUCUUUUAUAUUCGCUCAUGAUUGCCGAGCACCAUUUUUGAUACAUGCAGCGUUGACUUGUUUACUAGCAUUUGUCUGGCUGGUUAUUUUUCGAGAAAAACCACAAUAUCAUUCCUCAGUGAAUGGACUGGAACUGAACAAAAUUGUGGCUGGAAAAAUUAAGGCUGAACACAAUCGAAUUAUGGCAGAGAAUCCGUGUCGACCGUUGAUUAUGUCAUUUCCGGUUUGGGCCAUUUGGAUUGCUGCUUGCGGUUAUUUUCUUGUUGUAUCGGUUGCUGUUCAGUUCUUACCCUUGUACUGCCUGUUGAUUAUUCGUGAAACUCGCACUGAUAUCGCACUACUGGCUGCUAUUCCUUUCUUGUUUAUGUUUAUAAUGACAGAGCUUCACUGGCUGUGGUAUCGUUUAGCGAAACAUUUUAGUGAGAGAGUAUCAAUACUAACAUUCAACACUAUCUCUUUUGUUAUUUGUUCAUUGAUUUUUAUUUUUCUCGCAAUAUUUCCUCCUGGCGGAAUAUUUCAUGACAGUGUCGUGGCGGCAUUCACUUUCAUCCUAUGCAUUUUAACAUUAUCUCUUUACGGGUUUUAUCGUAGUGCGAUAUUAGUGGGCCGUUUUUUUGGGCAAUUUAUUAUUUCCUAUAUUCGGUUUUUUACUGGUUUUGCAUUUUUCUUUACAGCUGCAGCUGUUGUUUUCUUUGUGGAAGAAUAUAGUGCUGAUGAGUGGCGAGUAAUCUUUUUGAUGUUAGCAGCUCUUCUCUUGAUUUCUGCUGCCGUAUUUGGAAUAUUUGGAAGUGCAUUACCUGAAGAAUGGUCAAAGGAUAGUUGGGAUCCAUCAGCUGCACGUCCAAUGAUAACAUUUGAUCAAAUUGAUUAUCAUGCAGAUGAAUGUGGCGUUUUAGAAAUGAGAAUUUUAAGAUGA